AUGACCACGACACCACCCCUCGCGACGGGUGCCAACCCUCCGAUUCCCGCCGAACAGCUCGCCGCACUUACAUCGCUGCUGUCGGGUCUCACCGCUGCCGCUUCCGGCACUGCCACACCCGCCACGACGUCCGGCACCACUCGCACUGCCUUUCCAAAGCACGCACGCUUGGAUGGUGCGAAGACCUUCGCGAACUGGACACGCCAACUUCGCCUGUGCCUAGCGGACGACAUCCGCUCGUACGUCCUCGACGGUAUCGCACCCGACGACUGGACACCUUCGCAACGCUCCGCUCGCGACGCCGUCGCUCGUGAGGUCCUUGCGAAUUCGAUUGACUCGGCCGAAGUCUCGGCAGUCCUCGACAAAAUCCCUACCGCCGACCUGACAGCGCCGACAAUCUACUCGACGCUGAAAUCGCGGUACGCCCCUGACGACGCCACCCGCACGCUCGAGCUCUUCUCACGACUCUGGGGUUUCCGUCCCAUGCCCGGCACGGUUGCCGAAUUCGACGGGUGGAUCAUGGACUUCAAAGCCGUUGCGCAAGAGAUCAUCGACACAAAGACAACUAUCAAUGAUGUUCUCGCCACACUCCUCCUUGCAAUCGCCCACCCGUCCCUCGAGAGCUUCAAGGCGUCGUUCACCGAUGAACAGCGCACGCAACGAACUCUCCCCGACAUUGAUUCGCUUGCCGACCGUAUGCGAGUCCAACUUCGGUCAACGAACAUCCCCAGCACUCAAUCGGCCCUUCUUGCCUCGUCGUCGUCACGUUCUACUCGUCUCAAGUGUCUCGCCUGUCGCAGCCCUUCGCACCGAGUCGCGGAGUGCCCUACGAGGGCGCAACACCCGCCGCCAGGACCCUGUCGCUCCUGCAAGAAGAAGGAUCACUGGUCUCUCGACUGCAAGAAGGCGCUCGAGGACGGCAAAAAGCCCGACACCGCUGACUCGACCGUCGACUCGCAACACCAUGUCGGAUGUCUCGCCACCGGUCUUCUCGCUCGUCGUCGCCAGCUUCGCAACCACUCUUUUGUCGUCGACUCGGGCGCCACUUCGCACAUGGUCUCGGACAAGUCGCUGUUCACGACCUAUCGCCAUAUCGCUCCUACGAAGAUUGGUGGUAUUGCAGGGGGCAUCAACGCCAUCGGAACGGGAAACAUCGCCUUCAUUGCCGCCUCGGGUCAUCCGAUCACGCUUACCGGCGUGCUGCACACUCCGGGCCUGUUUGUCAAUCUUCUCUCGGUCUCUCGACUUUGCGACACCGACGAUGUCCGUGUCGCCUUCACAAAACACGGCAUCCACAUUGACAAGGACGGCAACGACAUCGCUGAAGGCGCACGACUCGACGAAGGGCUCUACUUGCUGGACGCUGAUCAUUCCAAAUGUCAGCACCUUGCUCUCCUUUCUCGCUCACAGUCGUCCGUGCCCCUGCUGACUCUCCAUCGCUGCCUCGGCCAUCUCGCACCGUCCUCCAUACAGAAGAUGGUUGCCGCUGGUUUGCUGGAGGGUCUCAGGGCCGGAUAUAGUGACGAAGAGGUAGAGAAGUUUGUCUGCAAUGCUUGCCUCAGCGCAAAGGGCCAUCGUCUUCCCUUUCCCGAUUCGGAUUCGCACUCCUCAGAGAGACUCGGCCUUGUACACAGCGAUGUGCUUUCCUUCCCCGAGCGGUCCUUGACUGGCAAACGUUACCUGGUCACAUUCCUUGACGAUUACUCGCGCAAACUCUGGGCCUACGCAAUCGGACACAAAAGCGAAGUCUUCGGCAUAUUCAAAACUUGGCUAGCCGAGGUUGAACUCGAGACGGGUGCGACGCUGAAGGUCCUCCGAACCGACAACGGUGGCGAAUACUGUUCGAGAGCGUUCACAGAGUUCUGCAAGACACGAGGCACCCGUCGACAAUACUCUAUCCCACGCACGCCUCAACAGAACGGUCGUGCAGAGCGGGUCAAUCGUUCCAUUGUCGAAGGCGUCCUUGCCCUCCUUGUCGACGCCCACCUACCCAAGACAUUCUGGGAGGAGGCUGCAGCUUAUUUCGUUUACUGCAAGAACCUGUGUCAACACGCGGCCCUGGACAAGGCAACACCAAACUCCGUCUGGCAGGGUGACCACACCACUGCCUCGGCGCUUCACCCGUUCGGCUGUACAGCUUGGCUUACGGUCGCGCCCGAACUUCGCUCCAAACUCGACCCGAAGGCGGUUCGCGUUUUUUUCACCGGCUACGACCUGGCUUCAAAAGCCUUUCGCUUCUACGACACUACAACACAGAAGAUUAUACUUGGCAGAAAUGCCACGUUCCUCGACACUGAAUUCCCCGGAUUACAUGGCGACCCCACUGAGCAAGACGGCGACACGCACUUCGCCAGCGCUCCCACCACCGAAUCUCAAACCGUUGUCAAGACAUGGACCCCACUAGUAAGGUCGGCGCACAUGGACGUCUCAUCCCCCCUUGAUGAUUCUGCCAUGAGCGCCGUUGACGUGGCCCCAGGGUACACUGGCGGAACCUUACUUAACUUCACAGAUGCCGAAUCGUCCUCGUCACCGUCGCCUGCGUCGCCCUCAUCACCGUCGUCUGCGCCAUCGCCUGCACUUUCACCAUCGUCGGCUGCGUCAUCGUCACCCUCGGCCUUACCGACCGACUCUGAAGACUCCGCCGAUCCCCUCGACCUCCUCGGCUCACAGCCCCAGGUUCGCCUCGAUCUACAGGACGUGCACCACCCAGACUUCAGCACGUACCGCGAGCCCGCAUCGGCUGAGGAGUCGCCCGACGAACUCGACCUCAUUGGGCGCCACUCUCGCGACGAAUCUCCGGACGAAAUCGAUUUCCUCACCCGACACCACCGCGCCUUCAUCGCCAUCGACGACGACACCUCUGACACAGAGGCAAUUCAGCCAGUCAAGUCCAUCACGAGCGACCCACAGACCUGGCGCGAGGCGAUGUCUAGCGACAAGCGUGAAGUAUGGGCCAAAGCCGCCACCGACGAGUUCACCUCCAUGCGCGACGACUUCAAGGUCUUCACCAUCGAGGACCGAGCCACGGUGCCCGCGGGUGCGACUAUCGUUACAUCCAAGUUCGUCUGGAAAACGAAACGGAACGCACUCGGCGAAGUCACUGGACACAAGGCAAGGCUGGUCGCGCAAGGCAAUCGGCAACGCGACGGCAUCGACUUCAACGAAACGUUCGCACCGGUCGCACGCUUCUCCUCGAUACGCUCACUCCUCGCGCUGGCGGCCGCCAACGGCUUGCACGUGCACCAGGCGGACAUCGACAAAGCAUAUCUGCAUGGCGACCUUGACCACGACAUCUGGAUGACGGCACCGCGCGGCUUCGACCUUCCCAGCGACAAGGUGCUUCGCCUGCGACGCUCCAUCUACGGGCUCAAACAGGCUGGCCGAAUCUGGAAUCGACACAUCGACGCUUCGCUUCGGGCCCUCGGUUACACGGCGACGGGCACCGACCACUGCGUAUACUCUUGGCUCGAUGAUCGUCAAUGUCCACACUACAUCGCACUGUACGUCGACGACCUCCUGAUGAUCAGCCCGGAACUGGCCGAAAUCGAACGUGUCAUCUCAGGCCUGGACCAACGCUACGGAGUCAAGCGCCUCGGCCCGGCCGAGUAUAUCCUCGGCAUCCAGAUCAGGCGGUUCGACGACGGCUCUAUCGCCCUAUCCCAGGAACGGUACAUCAUGGACGUGCUCGCUCGGUUCCACUUCGACACCACGACUCGCGGCACUACAGUUCCGAUGACUCCCGGCCUUUCGCUCACUGCUAUCCCGGGUCAAGGCACCGAACGGAUCAGGUCAUGGUAUCUGCAGGCUAUCGGCUCGCUCCUCUACAUUUCGCUCGGUACCCGCCCUGACAUCGCCUUCGCCGUGUCCUACCUGGCCCGCUUCGCCAACAACCCCGGUCGUCGUCAUUGGAUUGCGGUCAAGCACAUCCUACGCUAUCUCCGGGCCACGUAUCGCAACGAACUCGUGUAUGCUCGCGGCCAGGCUCGCAUCACGGGUGUGGUAGGCUACUCCGACGCGAACUGGGGGGCCUGCAUCGACACAUCGGUGUCCACCAUGGGCUACGUCUUCUACAUCGCUGGCUCGGCCGUGUCCUGGUCGUCCAAACGCCAGUCUCGAGUUGCCGAUUCGACCACCGACGCUGAAUACCUCGCCCUCUCGCAUGCUGGCAAGGAAGGGAUUUACCUCAGUCAGCUGCUCGAAGAGCUCCAUGUACAACCUGUUGCACCGGCUCACAUCUUUACUGACAACGAAGCCGCUGCUGCAGUUGCUCACGAUCCUGUCCGCGUCUCUGGCACUCGGCACAUACGCUUGCGUGAGCACUUCGUUCGGGACAUGGUGAAUCGGGGCGACAUCUCUCUCUCGCAUGUGGGUACCAGCGACAUGGUGGCCGACAUCUUCACCAAGGCUCUCGGCCCAAAGGUCUUCUCAACGCACUGCUACGCCCUCGGCCUUCGCACUCGACACCCGCGGCUUGGGUCUGCCUCGCAUUCGCGUGGGGGGGGGGUGUGA